CGGGUAUAUAUAAUGGCGGGUGUGGAAACUGGUGCAUCAGAUGUUCUGAUACUUCCAGCGAUCAGACAUGAAGUUCCUGGUUGUGGUAGCAGCGGUGGUGGCGUGCGCUGGUGCUCGCUCCAUCAACGCCGGUUGGGUCCUUCCGGCAGGCAACAUCGGCAGCUCGGGCAUCCUGCGCAAGGAUGGCUCCACCGAUCUGUUCAGCCAUGAGUUUGCUCACAGCAUCAUUUCCAUCGGACCCUCUGGCAUCAUCGUGAAGAACGGCCCACCCGUUCAGCUCGACGCCGACCUCAGGAUGGUGGGCCGCAGCAAGCGCUCCACUGCUGGAUUAGUCAAUAAUGCUGGCAACAUCGGCCGCUCCGGAAUCGUGCGUAAGGAUGGCACUAUUGAACAGUUCGGCCACAAUCUGGCCCACGACAUCGCUUACUUUGGCCCCAGUGGCAUCAUCCUUAAGAACGGCCCACCCAUCCACCUGGACGAGAACCUCAACACGAUGGGCCGCACCAAGCGCCAUAUUGUAGGAGACGUCGGCAUGAUCACCGACUGGGGUCAGAUCAUCCAGUUCAGGGAGCCUUUCACCACCAUUGUCCACGAAGGCCCUAGUGGCAUCGUCCUCUCCGACGGCCAGAACAUCCAGAAGCCUCACCUCUGAAGGCCGGUCCUUGGCUAAUGGUCUUCCAACUUCGUUCAACAAUCCCAAGUCUGGGGUAUUGAAUUGAAACUUUAAUAGAAAGAUCAUUACGUUAGCUUACGAUUAUGAAAAGAUUCUGAAACACAGUACACCAGAUGUUUCAGUCUUUGUAUUGAUCAUCUGAUGAAUAAAUAAAAUGAAUAAAGGAAACUUAAAUUA